AUGACCACUACUACUCGAUGUGCGGCUUGCAAGUAUUUUAGAAGAAGAUGUUCUUCAGAUUGCAUUUUUGCACCGUAUUUUCCUGCCAAUAACCCUCAACGAUUCGUUUGUGUUCAUAGAAUAUACGGCGCCAACAACAUUGGGAAAAUGUUUGAGGGAUUUCCGGAACAACUACGAGGGAAUGCAAUAGAAUGCUUGUGUUAUGAGGCCAAAUGUAGAAUACAAGAUCCUGUAUACGGGUGCGUUAGCAUAAUAUCAUGGUUACAUCGCGAAAUUCAUUUAGCCCAAACCCAACUAGCAAAAGCUCAAGCACAAAUUGCUUUACUUGAUCCUGGUGUUGAAGUAGCGAUAACGACACCAAGAUAG